CAGACAGGGACUCACAUCCAGAUACACAUUUACAACCAGAGACUGAGGACAAGACUGGAGACUCUUAUGUUGCUGAGAUAGAAGUCAGUGUUGAUGAUUGGGAGGAGGCCAGAGAACCUCAGUCUCGUUUAAACUGUCAUAAUAAAAAUGAAGUCCCAGUGAGUCCCGUGACAGGUAUUUCUGAUGAAAACGCUUUUAGCUGUUCUGAGACUGGAGACUCUUCUGAACCUGAGACUGAUGACAGUGAUGAUUGGAAAGAGACCAGAGAACCUCAGUCAGGCUUAAACUCUCUAAAAAAUGAGGAAGUCCCUGUCAGUGAGAAACCAUUUGGUUGCCCUAAGUGUGGGAAAAGAUUUGGUAAUAGUGGAUAUCUGAAUAGACACAUGAGAAUCCAUGCAGGAGAGAAACCUUUCACCUGCACAGUGUGUGGUAAAGGUAUCAUUGAAAGUAGAAAUCUGAAGAGACAUAUGAGAACUCACACAGGAGAAAAACCUUUCACUUGUUCAGUAUGUGGAAAAGCUUUCAUUGAUGGCAGACAAUUGAAGAUACACAUGAGAAAUCACACAGGAGAGAAGCCAUAUGAUUGCUCAGUUUGUGGCAAGAGGUUUGCUUUACAAACAAGUUGUAUAAGACACAUGAGAACUCACACAGGAGAGAAACGAUUUGGCUGUGAUGUUUGUGACAAAGAGUUCAUUUGGCCUCAUCAGCUCAGAGCCCAUCAGUGUGUCGGUGGUCAGUCCUCACAGCUUCAUCAGACUCAAACUGAGGAGAACAGAGAGGCAGAGCCUCCAGCCAGCAGCUCAACUCAACAGAUAAAAACUGAAGCUGAUGGAGAGGACUGUGGAGGACCAGAACCAGCCAGAAACUCACAUCCAGAUACAAAUUUGCAACCAGGUACUGAUGAUAGUGUGGAAAGUGAUAAUUGGAAGGAGACCAAAGAACCUCAGUCGGGUUUAAUCUCUCCAAAAAAUGACUGUGAAAAACCAUUCAUCUGCUCUGAGUGUGGGAAGGGAUUUGGUAGCAUAGGUUAUCUCCAUAGACACAUGAGAACUCAUGCAGUAAAAAAAACAGUCAAUUGCCCAGUGUGCGGUAAAGAUUUCCUUAAAAAUGGAUAUCUAAAGAGACACAUGAGAACUCACACAGGAGACAAACCUUUCAGCUGCUCAGUUUGUAACAAAUCUUUUGCAUGGAGUGGAUAUUUACACACACACAUGAGAAUGCACUCAGGAGAGAAACCUUUCACUUGCUCUUUUUGUGAUCAAAGUUUUUUGCAAAAAACACAUCUUAGCAGACACAUGCUAACACAUACAGGAGACAAACCUUUCAGCUGUGCUGUUUGUAAUAAAUCUUUUAGUCAGAGUGGAAGUUUACAGACUCACAUGAAAAUCCACACAGGAGAGAAACCUUUCAGCUGCCCAGUAUGUGGGAAAGCUUUCAUUGACAGCAGACCAAUGAAGAAACACAUGAGAAUUCACACAGGAGAGAAACCUUUCAGUUGCUCGGUUUGUGAGAAAAGAUUUUUGUGCAAAGCAGAUCUAAAGAAACACGAGAUAACUCAUACAGGAGAGAAACCUUUUAGUUGUUCUCUUUGUGGUAAAGGUUUUAUACAAAAGAUCAAUUUGACCGACCACAUGGCACUUCACACAGGAGAGAAAAGAUUCAGCUGCAGUGUUUGUAACAAAGCAUUUGCCUGGCGUCAUCAGGUCAAAAGACAUAAAUGUGUCGGUCGUCAGUCCUCAGAGCUUCAACAAUCAGCAGGGAGCUAAACAGACAGAAAAUACCCUACAUGAGCAAUAAUCAGACACAAUUAGUUGUAGAUAACAAAUACACAGUCAGAGUUUUUCUGGAUUUAUCAAAAGUUAAUCAGUUAAUCAUGACAUUUUAUUUGCCAAAUGAAUCCCUUUGGCUUUCAAGGUGUGGCACCUCAGUGGUUAUGAGUAUAAUUGAGAAACAGAUUGAAUCACUGUGAAGUCACGACACACAACAGUCACAACUGGCUGUUGAUUGAUUUGACUUCAGUUGCAGAGAUAUGUGAAUUUGGCAACUUGUUUAUUUCAUUUUCAGCUGCAACUAACAAUUACAGAGAAAUAGUUAAACACAGUUGUCUGAAAUAUCGGAGAGUUUUACUGUGCUGAUUUUAUCUCCUGUGCUGCCUUGCUCUUUGAUAAACCAAAUAUACCGACACAGAAGCUAAACCACAGGGGUGCCUCAAGGAUUUGAUGACAUUGGGGUAAACUUUAAUUUAAUUUCUUCUUAAACCACGUUUAAGAACAAUGUUAAUAAACCAACCUUGUACCACGUACCUUAGACGAGUCUUUAACCCACUUAUAGUCUGAGGAUUUCAUCUAGAACCCACCCAAGAGGUUCUACUGAGAACCCCUUUAUUUUCCAAGGGUUUUAUCUAGGACCCACCCAGGGGGCUCAGAAAUAGUGAUUGAAUAUAUCACCCAUAGGUCUCUCUUCUACAAACUAUGGUUUUAGUUUUUUAAUGGAUCUCUUUGUCAUUUAACAAACUCUUUCUGCAAAAAAGGGUUCUUCAGAAGCAAAUGGUUGUUGGUAGAAUCUCAGCCCUUCAGGGUGAACCCUGUUAUUUCUUAGAGUGUGGGGGACACUGUUUUCUCUAGCAAGUAGGAUGUAUGUAAUCAAAAGUGCUUUUCUCAUUAUGCAAACAUCUUGUGUGGGGUCCCCCAAGGGCCAGUCCUCGGCCCUCUUUUGUUUUCUGUAUGUAAAAGACCUGUC